UUAAAAUGUUCAAUUUUCUCACAUUCCUCUGCUUUGUCAUUUCCUUCUCAAUUCUUGCUUCAUCUCAACUUGAUGAAUUCAUUUUCACAAAAUUCAAUCAACCAAACAACAACAUAACCUUAAGUGGAGUAGCAAAAAUAAGCCAAAAUGGGUUUAUUCAAUUAACAAAUGACACAAGUAGACUAAUAGGACAUGCUUUUUACUCUUCACCUUUCCACUUCAAGACUACUAAUGCCUCUACCUUCUCUUUCUCAACGUGUUUCGCGUUGGCCAUAGUCCCCGAGUAUCCAAAACUCGGGGGCCAUGGCCUAGCGUUCACAAUUUCUCCGUCAAAAGACUUUAGUACAGCUCUUCCGAGCCAGUACUUAGGUCUGCUCAAUGCUAGUGAUAUUGGUAACUUCUCUAACCAUAUUUUUGCUGUUGAAUUUGACACGGUACGUGAUUUUGAGUUUGGUGAUAUUGAUGAUAACCAUGUUGGUGUUAAUAUUAACAGCUUAGAAUCAAAUAAAUCAGCUGCAGCUGGCUAUUUUAUUAACGAUCAAAAUGUGAAACAAGAUUUGAAUCUUAAAAGUGGGAAAGUCAUUCUUGUUUGGGUUGAAUAUGAUUCUGUUACAAAAUUAGUUAAUGUAACUCUUUCACCAAAUUCUUUAAAACCAAAAAUUCCUCUUUUAUCUUAUAAUUUUGAUGUCUCUCCAAUUUUUAAAGAAAAUAUGUAUGUUGGCUUCUCUGCUUCUACUGGUUUGCUUGCUAGUUCACAUUACAUUUUGGGUUGGAGUUUUAAGUUAAAUGGAGAAGCAAAGUCACUUGACUUGGAUUCUCUACCAUCACUUCCUGGACCUAAGAAGAAGCACAGAAGACUAAUUAUUGUCAUCUCGAUUAUAGUGUUUGUGUUUGCGUUAAUUUCAAUCUUGAUUGCUGUUUAUACAAUACGGAGAUUUAAGAAUGCUGACGUGAUUGAGCAGUGGGAGCUUGAGAUUGGUCCUCAUAGAUAUUCAUAUGAUGAACUCAAGAAAGGUACUAGAGGUUUUAAGGAGAGUGACCUACUCGGGCGAGGUGGAUUUGGGAAAGUUUACAAAGGUGUUUUGAGAAAUUCAAAAGCAGAAAUUGCUGUGAAACGAAUUUCUCAUGAAUCUAAACGAGGGUUGAGGGAAUUUGUGUCUGAGAUUGCGAGCAUUGGAAGACUCCGUCAUAGGAAUUUGGUUCAAUUGUUAGGAUGGUGUAGACGUCGUGGUGAUUUGUUGCUUGUGUAUGAGUUUAUGCCUAAUGGAAGUUUGGAUAACUUCUUGUUUGGUGAGCCAAAAAUGGUGUUGACAUGGGAACAAAGGUUCAAGAUUAUCAAAGGGGUUGCUUCUGGUUUACUUUACUUACAUGAAGGCUAUGAACAAGUCGUGCUACAUCGAGAUAUUAAGGCUAGUAAUGUGUUACUAGAUGGUGAAUUAAAUGGUAAGUUAGGGGAUUUUGGACUUGCUAGAUUGUAUGAGCAUGGGUCUAAUCCGUCCACGACUAAAGUUGUAGGUACAUUAGGGUACCUUGCACCAGAAUUACCAAGAACAGGACGAGCCACUACAAAGACUGAUGUGUUUGCCUUUGGUGCUUUGUUACUCGAGGUGGUUUGUGGACGUAGGCCAAUUGAACACAAAGCAGGACCCGAGGAGUUUGUUCUCGUGGACUUGGUGUGGGAUAAAUGGAGAGAAGGUAAAAUACUUGACAUUGUGGACUAUAGAUUGAAAGGCGAAUACAAUGAGAGUGAGGUUUUGAUGGUGUUAAAAUUGGGACUAAUGUGCUCAAAUAACAAGCCUUUGGCGCGACCAAGUAUUAGGCAAGUUGUAAGAUACUUUGAAGGUGAAAUUGGGAUGCCUGAGGCUCCAACAACACAAGGUUCUGAUGAUCUUGAAGGAUUUGGAUUCGAUGAAAGUGAACGUUGGAAUUCCUUAGCAUCGACUAGUAUUAUGAUCAAGUCAAGUUCAUUUACAUGUUUGUCUAAUGGAGAUGAAAAUAGUACUAAUUAUGUUUCCUCUUCUACUUCACCACUUCCACUUCUAUAUAGUGGUGAAUGUACCUAGAUACUAAUGUGAACUAGCAUUGCAAACUUUUCUAUAUUUUCCUGAAGAACACUAAUGUACAUUGUUUUUUCCUUUU